GACGUUGCGGAGCUGACGUACGAUGCGUUGGACGAGUCUGCAGCACUGCGACAUGUGAGGGAUGCCUCUGCUGGUGGCACGGUGCUCUUUGUAGGCACCACGCGCGAUACUUUUCAAGGCAAACGAGUCCUUCGACUCGAGUACGAAGCGUACAGCAAGCUUGCCAUCAAGACGCUCGAGAGCAUUCUUCGACGCUCACGCAGCAUGGAAUGGCCGCCUCCCGCUCCUCUCACGAACUCUUCUUCCUCCCGCUCUCUCGCAUCCACUAGCCGCACACAAGCUCCCGACCAGCCCAUCCCAGCAUCGCAGCAGGUUACGCGCAUCUUUAUAGCUCAUAGAUUGGGUCACGUACCCGUGGGAGAGCCGAGCAUCCUUGUUUGUGCUUCCGCGCCGCAUAGGAGACGCGCCUUUGAGGUUGCAGAGUGGGCAUUGGAGCAAGUAAAGAAGGAUGUGCAGGUCUGGAAGAGGGAAGUGUAC